AUGAACACCAUUCCGGGAAUCUCAGAAAAAUACUAUUGGGAAUGGCCUAUCGAGGAAAUUGAAAGUCAAGUUAACGGACAAAACGGAACCGCAAAAAUGUUGGACGAUGUUGAUUCCUUUAAUGAAAUCUAUAAGUAA